UUAGUCCACAACCGAGUUGUUGUAGGUGUUCUGUGGUUCUGUGUAGGCACUCUAGCUGUACGCUAAUCGAAGAAUACUUCUGAUGCGUAUUAAAUGUGACUGCAAGCUGAUGAUCGUGCUCUGUCAUAGCCUUUGUGAUGAUAUGACAUUCUGUGCGUUAUGAUAUAUUGUAAAUGUAUCAACACAGGCAGUACAAUGACACAGUUGGCUCAUUUCCAAAGCAUGAUCUCGUCUACCGUGCUCUCAGUAGACCACUUCUUUUUGAAGCACCGUAAUGUGUUUCAAAAAGACACUCCUUUGGAAGUGAAUUUAGUCUAGAAAGUGUCAUCGGCGCUACUACUAUGCAAGAAACGAAUCAUGCCUGCGAUCGAAGUUCGAGAAGAAAGAGAGAAAUGCAACAGGCUGUUGGAGGUCUUCGACGAUGUGCAUGCGUUCCUGUCCGAUCGAGUCGUUCGCUCAAUUCCCGAGAGCAUCGAGGUGUUUUUCCGGGACAACGGAGUGCCGGGAAAGCUCAGCGAAGACGUUUCGAACGCCUGCUUGCGGUACAUGAUCCAUGGUUCAUUCGUGGACAUUCUCGCCGCGCGCAAGAUACUGCAGAAGCAUCUGCUGCAACAAGACACUGUUCACUUGCAGCGAGUCGCCGAAGCUGACGAUGUCACCCUAUUAGAAGCGUUUAAAGACCCCUACGUGGAUGUGGCGUCGCACGAGGUUAUCGGUGCAGAUGUAAUCGAAGACUGCCCCGAAUUGGCCGCUGAGGAAGAUGGCUUCUGUUCACCCGGUGAAACAACGCUCCUCGUCAACGUUGUUGCCGAAAGUGGCGCGUGCGGCGAGUUUUGUUCCUCCGACCUGCAGCACUCGUUCGACCAAAUCGAAGCCGUUGCGAGUGAUGUCGGCGCUGUCGCCCUGGAAAACGAGCCGCAGGUCAGCUGUGACCCAAGUGUGGUGCCGAACCCAGUCGUCAUUGAGAUCCACUGCUCAAAACUGGAGGACGCCAUGCUGAAUCUCCCUUUGGACCUUCCUCCGCCCCAAGAGCAUGUGGCGGAGCAGUUCAUGGAAGAUCCGACAGCGGUGGGCACCACUUGUGCCGCAGAGCAGAUAGCAGAGAACAGGGGAGACAGCGUGGCCCCUGAUCCAGUGACGGAAGUUCAGAAACAGAAGCGAAACUACGAAGAGGUCACGCCGUUCAAGUACUUCUGCGAGCUGUGCUCAUUCAAAACAAAGCGCAACAGCCACUACCUGAAGCACAUCAAGAUACACGAGAAGGUGACCACACUACACAGAUGUGACAAGUGUUCCUUCACCACAAUGCGACUGGGCCACCUGAGAAGACAUGCGUCCACUCACAGCAACCAUCUCCAUCGCUGCACCCACUGCAGCUACACAACCGACGACCAAAAGUUGCUCCUACGACACAACCGCAUGCGCCAUUAUCGGACUAAGCGUUCCCGACAAGCACCAGCAAAGCCCAUGGAAUGUCCCCAUUGCAACUACCGUACUACCCGGCCACUGCUGCUUGCCAGACACCGUCAACGUCAUGCAGGUGACAGUGGUGCGCUCCAAAGCAGCGCGCCCCUGCACCAGUGCACCCAGUGUGGCUACCAGACGCAUCGCAAGGAGCACCUUGUGCGGCACCGAGCCAAUGUCCACGGAGGGGCGCGCCCAUUCCUGUGCCACCGUUGUGGUAAGGCUUUCAAGCGGGCGGAUGCCUUACGCCAGCACCAUCUGACACACGCUGGGCCCAAUGAGGGUGCCCCUUUGGCGUCAUUCCCCUGCUCACAAUGCCACAAGGUCUUCCGAACUCACUCGCACCUCUCGGAGCACCAAGCGAUUCACUCAACGGCGAGACCAUUUCUGUGCGAAAUCUGCGGCUCAGCUUUCAAGACGCGCUCCGUGCAACGCAAGCACGUUCAGUCAGUUCACAACAACCCACGGGCAUUCUGCUGCAGCUGCUGCACCAAGAAGUUCAACACUCAGUAUGCAUUAAAACGGCACCAGAAGCUCCACCAGCCGCCGUCCGAGCAGCAACAACAGCACCAGCAGCCAGGGCAGACACAUCUACUUCCACCCACAUCACUGCCACUACCAGAGGAGCAAAUCCAUGCUCCAACAACAUUUCAAGAUGUCCUUGGAAGCACAGCCCCUGCCAUGUCUGGACCAGUGGCCGAGGUGCCUGGCUUGGAGCAUGUCAUAACAACCGUGCCCAUUCAGGACACAUGCGACGUAAUUGGACAGAUCUCAACAGCCAUGCUGCAGCCUGCAGAGACAGCAACCCUGCUGUACCUAACGAACCCUCUGCCACCAUUUUAAACACGAAGAAAAAGAAAAGAGAUCGUCUAGUUUAUUUAGUGUGGCGUUAAAACUCACGUGCUUUAGAAAUCUUAAAGCAGCUAUAUGUACAUACUAUAAUGAACAGUGAAUACUUGUGGCACAUGCUGUAGUGCCGAUUGGAACAUGAAUACACUUAGUGAUUUAUGUAUGGAUUUUAAAUGAGACUAGGGAUGGGCAAAUACAUAGUAAAUUUGAGGUUCGGGGUGAAUAGUGAUUUAGAUGAAUAAUUUCCUAGCGAAUGGUUUGAGUAAUUUAUAUCACAUAUAAAAAAAGAGCAUUUUUGUCAUGACCCAGCUAACUUAUAUAAUGGGCAUGUCUGAAAAUCACUUGUUUGGUUCAGAAUCAAGUGGGAGCUAGUUUGAAUAGCUGCAAGGUCUGAAUAGCAACAGGGUGCAAGUUGUAAGUGGUACUGUUUAUGUUUUGAAAUUUACUAUACUUAGUUGAUAGUAGAUACUGGGCACAUAUAAGCCCGUAUGACAGUUUUCAACUUCAGAAACAGUAUUUUAAGGUGAAUUUACGUAACAUGUACCCUUAACCUUGAAGUGUAGCUUCAUGGCAGUGCAAACUUUUUUUGAUUGGAUGGUUUCACGAUAUGUAUAGCACUGCACUCUGCAGUGAAAUCACCUUUACAGGGAAAGAGUUGCAUCCUAAUAUAUACAUAUAUUCAUUCAACUCGAAUAGUACUUCAAGGUCUCACGUAACUUAAAUCUGUGUUGCAGUGAAUUCAAAUUGUAUAACAUCCGUUUGAAUAUUUGAAGCGCUGGAAUGCUCGCCCAUCCUUAGAAAUUACGAUAUAUAUAUAUAUAUAUAUAUAUAUAUAUAUAUAUAUACACAUGCAAGCGGAUGUAUGUUGUAAACUUCGGUAUUUGAGAGUGAUUUUAGUUGUCAAAAAACUUACUUGGCUCUGCUUUGUGGUGUCUGCGUGGAUACCUCCUUGAUUGAUGGGGUGACUUCUUUAUCACCCAUUCGUAUCUAACAUCUUUUGCACUCUGACAUGAACUGCAGAAGGUGCCUCUUAGUACUUGAUCUUUGUUUACGCCACGGCCACCCUUCAGAAAGGAAGCUUGCAGUGCCUUCGCUUGUUUGCGUUUUUACAUUUCACUAUCAUUACUACUUGAUGGUCGCUUCAAGCUGCAGGUGAUUGCACACAGCGUAACAGCGUUAGCCUGGUGUGUAUUGAACGCAACUGUUUCUUGUAAAUAAAAUACUGUGGGUGUCACUGCCACGCUACUGGAUUCUUAAAGCAAUGUAUUUCAGGAAGCGCCGUUUGAUGAGCUGAAUCAUUAAGAAAUAACCAUAUGUUGUAUGAUAUUAGAUUCUUGUAGCUGAAAUUGUCACGCAGUAUAGAUUCACCAAAGUUUUAGCAAGUUUUCUGUAUCAGUAGCUUGAUUAGAAGCUGGAAAUUGUGUAUAAGUAUAGGUAUCACUCUGAUAAAAGUUUUUUUUGUUAUUGUUUCCAAAGCUGACAAAGUGUAAUCGUGCAUUUAAUUGUGCUUGAGGUGUUCAGUGCUCAUGUUCUGAAAGUUUUGUUUGGCCCCUUUCAUAAAGUUUUGUGUGAAACUAUAUUAUUUUGUGAUGCACAACAGGCUUUGCAAGGUUUAUAAAUGUGCAGCAUUACAAUCUACUUGGCCUCUUUAACAGGUAACGGUUAUUUAUUCCUUUUCACUGUAAAUAGGAAGAUCGGAAAAAAAAUAUAUAUUCCCGUCACUUUUCAACAAUUACACCCUCAGCCCGCCCCACUGUUUUAUGAUUGCGUAUGUGUGAAAACAACCACCUGUAUAGUAUUCUACAUGAAAAAGAGAAAAGAAGACUGCAUGACUGCUGUACUAAAAAUGCAAUUUCAACUUUUCCCCCUAAACGACAGCAUGUAUUAGACAUAUUUCAUGACCGGUCCGGUGAAUACAGUGCGUGUGACAUGCACUAGAAACACAAAUUCUUAAUCUUUUUUUAGCAGUCGUGUGGGGUGCAUUGGGGCAUAAAAGGUUUUGCCAUAACAGCACAUUUGUCCGAGUCAUUUACAGCGUUCUGAACCAACUGCGGGUAUGAGUUCUUUGCCGAAAGGCUACAAUGGGAUGAGCUGUUGACUUUGCCUUUUCUCGACACAUAAUGCACGCCUCUUGGUCACUUAUAGCCAAAGGAGACUGUGAGCUCGUGCUGCUUUGUAACUACCCUAUACAGCUUUGUACUUGGUGUAUCGAAUCUCUGCGACUGGAAGCAAAUACAGUUGAUUGUGGUUCAUCGAGCAUUAAGAAGUGUGGGCGCAGUUUUUUCUAGAUGUGGCAGAAACUCUACCCUACAGUUUUCAAUAGUUAGAACAUGAUGCCCAGAAAGUGAGAAAAAUGGAAAACACUUGUAAGAUAAUUUGACUCUAAGGUCGGUUCCAAAAUGAAUGGGAUUUUUCAUGAAGCUCCUAAGAUUCUGCUGUGGAUAUUGGCAUUAUGUUUAGCUUUCUGCAACAGAAUGUCGGCUUUUGGGUAUAUCGUAGCGCCUUAGAGCCUUUUCCAUAAGCACAACUAUUUGUUAUGGUCACGUGGAUACAGUAUGGCAGCUUGGUCAACUUUAUGUGGCUUCCUCUCGUUGAAGGGCCACUCACCAGGUUUGACAAUUUUGAGCUAACAAGCGCAAUGCAUAGACGAGGCCUUCAUAAUCACAUCUGCCAAAAUUUGCAACGCUGCGCGCCACAGAAAUGGGUCAAAUUUUAAGAUGAACGCUGCUCCCACUCCUUCCUGCUGGCGCGCGCCUAGAAAAUGAGGGCAUGGCGUGCGCGUAUGAAUGGCCCUAUGUACACGGCAAUGCAGUGACGUUGGUCCUACGUAGACCACUCAGCUCUGUUGUUGCAAACAGUGGCACGUGACAUGGCGAAAAUUAUUUAGCACGGCAUGCAUAGUUUAUGUAAUUUGUUGCUUGAAGAAAUUAGUAAAGCUCUAGAUAAAUAAUGAGACGAAAUUAAGGAAUGUGAGCAUCUUUUUCCCAUUUUCUCCUGUGAAUUUCAAUGAGAUGCGGGGCUAAUGUGCCGGCGUUUCGCAUGCGUUCGUGUACCCGCGGUCAGCGCAUUGAGCAGACGACCUCCGUGGAACGCUCCUACACGUUUGCGCACUCAUUGUGCUAAUCUAUUCUACCACGUAUAAGCCAGGGUUUCCAAACCAUCCCACAGAAACAGGCAGAAGACCACAAAAUGAUGCUGUUCAACAAAGCGACGCCGCUUGCGUGCUCGGGGGUUGAACUUGUUUAGGCACGUAAUGCGCACGUUAUCUCCGGGUCGGAUGCCGGAGAGGGUGGGGAAUAGAUUUGGACUACGAAGGCUAAGCGGAAGUGCGGCAAGGGUUUCGAGCUCGCCUCCUCUCAUCCUCGUUUCACGCCACAUCAAAAAACCCGUUUUCUCCGCUCGUGAUGAACCGAUUCAAAAAAUUUUUGUGGCAAAAUGUUCCUCACCGGACACCCAACAACUUCCACUGUCUAACUAAAGUUUGGUAUGGGACCUGGUGAGUGGCCCUUUAAAAAGGCCCGAUAACACACGCAUCUAAAGCAGUAGUGUGAAAUUAGUUUUAAAUUGAGGCUCAUCUGAUGCCGGAGUUCUACCUUUGUGUCAUGAAUAUUUUAAAUGUAGUUGCUUGUUCAUGGAACAGUAUGUAUAUAUGUAUUACCGCAUGAUCCCUUUCACUAUGUAUAUGUGUAUAGUCACUGUAAUGUGGUAACAAAGAUGUCUAUUUUUGUUUCAAUAAAAAUAUUCAGACUA